CUCCAGCUUGCUCAGGGGGAAGGGCAGAUAUAUCUGUACACUUUUUGCAAACUGUCGGGAGACAAUUAAGAAAAGAACCUUUGAGGAUACAGACUUUCAGAUUUUAUUGGAACCAAAAGUGCUAAAAGACGCUAUUGACGGCAGACGCAAGAAAGCCAUACAGCGUGAAACAACACCCACUCAAGGAGAGUUCACUAAACAGGGAACACAGUUCUGCAAGAAAAUGGAGGAACAAAACUGUUUACUAUUGGACAAAGAACCUCCAAAGAAACAGCAAUACAAGAAGCGUGACAUCAAGAUAGCGUGUUACAUAUUACUUCCAUGGUUGUUGGUGCUGAGUUUUUUGAUUGCUGUGUUGUUUGAACUAUACCAGAAGCCAAUUGGAAUUGAUGAUCCGAUAAAGGAUUUACCACAGAAGACAUUGUUAUCACAUAAAAUAAGAGAAGUUCAGGUGGAUCGACUCCUGACAUCAGACAUUGAUACAUCAAGAGACAUUGUUGGACAAAUUAGAUUCGGUUAUGGCUCCAGAGAUCAACCUUGUUUGACUAUAUUUUUUGAGCAUACCUCAGAAAUCACGGUUCAUGCAAAAGUAGGACCAAAAGCCAAAUUCACACAGUCACAGGGGAAUUAUACCCAUAAUAAUCAGACAGGUGUUUGGGAAUGUCAUCCUACUGAGUCCAUGUGGUGGUCUAUAACAAUUAAGGGAGAAGAACAUGCACAAUGGACAGGUGAUGUUACCAAUGAGAUGUUAACAUCAGGGAAAAUGGGAAGAUCUAAGACAGAGAUUUGGUAUAAGACUCAGUCUUAUGGGAAAAUCUUAGAUCCUUCACUGCUUUCUAUAUCAGCAGGGGAUGAUGAUUGGACUAGGGUUUGGAACUUUCAGGUGGAAAGAGAGACAGCUUUGGUCAAAGUAUCUUUUGUGUUUACGGUAACUAAUUCUAUAGCACCUGAAGUUAGAGUUAAUCCCCGUAGUGUGAAAGUCCAAGAGGAAUUGGAACCUAUAGAACUACAAUGUGGGACAAGGUUACCAUUACCCCAGGAAGCAUCACUCGUUUGGUCAAAAGGGAAAACAUCUUUAGGAAGUUUUACGAAUAAUCCAACUCGUAUACUUCAUAAGGGUCAAAUGGGGGAGGUACAUUGGAAUGGUAUGCAUUUUAUGCUUAGAUUAGAUAGUCCAACUCGUAAAGACUCUGGGAUAUAUGAAUGUUGUGUAUUACUGAAAGGAGAUUACAAACACUGCGACAGAGCAAAUGUCAGUGUUUGGUCCCCUGAAGAUAAUUUGUGUACUGGUACUACACUCAAACCAUCCAAUCCUUUUCAGGUUAAUUAUUUUCAAUCUAAACCAUUAUUGAGGAAUGGAUCGUUUGUAACCCUAGUUUGGACUUUUAACAUGACUGGAAAAUAUCCACUUGGUUUCCUCAAUGUUUGUCACACCUUACUAAUAUGGAAAAAGGUCUUGCCCAAUGGUUUGGACAAAAUCCAUUGA